AUGACUUGUUGGGCCACCAUAAAAUGUAGUGAUACAGAUGAUGAUACAGAUGGUAGUGAUACAGAUGGUAGUGAUAUAGAUGAUGAUACAGAUGGAAGUGAUACAGAUGAUGAUACAGAUGGUAGUGAUACAGAUGAUAGUGAUACAGAUGGUAGUGAUACAGAUGAUGAUACAGAUGGUAGUGAUACAGAUGGUAGUGAUAUAGAUGAUGAUACAGAUGGAAGUGAUACAGAUGAUGAUACAGAUGGUAGUGAUACAGAUGAUAGUGAUACACAUGGUAGUGAUACAGAUGAUGAUACAGAUGGUAGUGAUACAGAUGGUAGUGAUAUAGAUGAUGAUACAGAUGGAAGUGAUACAGAUGAUGAUACAGAUGGUAGUGAUACAGAUGAUAGUGAUACACAUGGUAGUGAUACAGAUGAUGAUACAGAUGGUAGUGAUACAGAUGGUAGUGAUAUAGAUGAUGAUACAGAUGGAAGUGAUACAGAUGAUGAUACAGAUGGUAGUGAUACAGAUGGUAGUGAUACAGAUGGUAGUGAUACAGAUGAUGAUACAGAUGGUAGUGAUACAGAUGGUAGUGAUAUAGAUUAUGAUACAGAUGGUAGUGAUACAGAUGAUGACGAUUGUGAUGUUGUCGUUUUAUCACUCGAAAUUUAUCAAGUCUGUAGGAACCUGAGUUGA